UGUUUUCAUUUGAGACGGGCUUUUUCAGCUGGCGUAAGACUUUGGCACUAAGUCAACGAGAAAUGAAUAUAUUGCAACACGAUGUCGGUCCACCGUCACGUGUAGAUGUUUAUUUUUCACCGAUUUGGAUAACCCUUUCCGGGGCGAAUAGCUCUUGAAGCAAGCCUUUUGAACCGAGCUUAAUAUGCAAAACUUUGGAGGGCUGGCUUGUAAUAAUGGCUCCGUCAAGGAAUUUGCACAGGAAUGAUCUCGAAUCAUCCAUAAUACUAUUCUUCGUCCACUGACCCAUAAAGAUUACCUAGGGAAUUUAACUUCAAGCUCUCUUACCUCUAAGGAAGGAUCUACUGGUUGAAACUGAAAGGGGAGACUGUGAAAUGACUGAGAAGAGUACAAACAAGCGAGAGAUCCAGCAUCUUUCUCUUAGGCCAAACAAAGCACCACAUAUCAACAUUAUUGAUGAAGACUUCAGUAGUACCAGCAGCAAUGAAUCCCAAGAGGUAACGGACGAUGAAGUCGAUGCUAUCAAGAACUAUGAUGCGGUGGUGUUUGACAUCACUAAGGUUACUCCAGACAACUUUGCUAGGCAGCUGACAUACAUGGAUCUUGCUGUCUUUAAAUCUAUUCAACCUGAGGAAUUCUCAUCUUGUGGCUGGACCAAGAAGAACAAGUCUGUUCAAUCCCCAAAUGUUGUUGCCUUAACAAAAAGGUUUAACCAUGUUAGUUUUUGGGUUGUGAGAGAAAUUCUGAAUGCCAAGAAGCUGAAGACAAGAGUAGCUGUUAUGUCACAUUUUAUUAGAAUUGCAAAGAGAUUAUACGAGAUGAACAAUCUGCAUUCACUAAAAGCGGUCAUUGCUGGACUACAGAGUGCACCUGUAUAUCGACUUAAUCAGACGUGGGAGCAAUUAUCCAGAAGAGACCACACUAUAUUCGAAAAGCUUGAAGAUUUGUUAUCAGAAGAUCAAAACAGGAAAAAACUGAGAGACCACCUGAACAGCACUCGGCUACCCUGUAUACCACAUUUAGGGAUGUAUUUGACAGACUUGAUGUACAUUGAUACCAUCCAUCCAAACACAGGGGGUCUUGAUAAUGAAAGGACUAGAAAGAUGAAUGAUAUUAUAAGAAUAAUAGCAGAAUUUCAACAGUCCCAUUAUGACUGUCUAGAGACCCAGCCACAUAUACAAAAGUACUUGGAUUCCAUGAACUAUAUAGAAGAGUUGCAGAAAUUUCUAGAGGAUAACAAUUACAGACUUUCAUUGCAAAUCGAGCCAAAAAGUGUGAAGUCAUCUGGUGAGGCAACAAGUGGAGUCAAUCUGUCCCGAUCAAGAGAAAGCCUAUCAACAUAUCCAGUAAGCCCCAAAGCCAGCACUUCACAAGUCAGCAAGUUUGUCCCAGGCCACAGAAAGGCUUAUAGCUUGGGCACAAAUGUUUUGCAGACUGUCGGGGCUCCUUCGCUGGAUUCGUUAAGUAUUGCAAGUAUUGCAAGCAGCACCGGAUCACGAAAUCUUCUGGACGAUAGUAUUUUAGACGACCAAGGAUCUGGUAUACUAGUCAAUGGACGAGAUUCUGAGCUUUCCCUGGAAAAGGGGAGUGGGAUGUACGAGAGUGAAGAGUCCAACCUGUUUAUGCACCAGUCUGAAUUCCUAGUCGAAGGGUUUCUUAAAAGGAAAAAGUGUCUGCGGAACGGCAAGAAGCUAGCAGUCUCCUAUUGGCAGAAGUUUUGGGUCGGUCUCAAUGGAGCAUAUCUUUACUACUUUCUCCCGAAACACCGAUCGGUUGGCAGAGGUGGACGAUUAGGGUUCAAGAGCGAAGCACAGAAGGUGGUUUGCAUCCAAGGCUGGACCGUAGUCAUGCAAUCAGACGCACGCCAUCCUGCAUGCUUCCAGCUUACUGACGAUGUCAAUGGCAAUUCGUACAAGUUCAAGUGCGGAUCCCAGUCCGUCGCCCUCAUGUGGUACACCUAUCUCUCACAAGCGACGAACCUCAAGAAGAACCAGCCACCGCCAAACCUGAUCAGCUUUGAGGAGGGCGAGGAGCCUACUUCGAAUUGAUCACAUGGUUCCGCCCCCAAGCCUGCGACCAGCUUGAAGGAAGGAGUUUGGUGCUUGGAACGUGUUGACCACGUGAAUCCAAUGCCCAACCUAUCAGCCCCGGCGGGGUGAGGAGUUUGGUUCUUAGCACGCUGUGACCACGUGAUUCCGCCGUUAAACCUGCGAUCGGCAUUAAGCGGUGCGAGGAGCCUGGGGUCUACGAAUUACGACGCCCUCCAUUAUGUAAGAGUGGAUUGCAUUACUAUCUCUCCACUCACGUGCUACAUAGGAAUGAAUGACGAUUGAUAACUCGGCUAGCGCAAUGUGAAGCCACUUAGAUGGCACCGUGAUAUGGUGCGUCAUUCACGCAUCUUAAAGGAGAUAGUUGAUUGCUCCUAAGUAUGUAGCGUUGAUGAAGGCAUUGCUUUGUGCAUCUUUGUGGAAGGCAGGCAUCAUCACUUCACAGAUUCACCUGUCGCCAGAUUGUAUUCUGUCAAAUGAAUUUUAAGCCGUCCAUGAGCCAAUUGUGUUAAGAUUCAGGAAUAACAGGUCUCGGGUCUGGUGUUGAUCAUAAAGUGUUUGAAUAUAUGAAUCGAGAGACCCAGAUCACAACCAGAGCUACUUGCCCACCUAUAUCUACUGUGAUUAGGCAUUUUAUUUGAAUUUUUGAAUUUUAAUCGAAUCAAUCAGUUCUAAUGAUUGGGAUCCGUUUGAUCAGAGCCUUACUUUUAGGGGCCAAUUUGUGAUUUAUAUUUAAUGCCUUUGAAUUAUUACCAAAAAUUCUAAUGCCCAAAACAGAAUAGCGUAUUUUUAUCUGUGCACAUUUUGUACAAAAGCACCUGUUGUCAUUGUUCUGUUGUGGUUGUUUUGACCGAGGAAAUGAUACCAUUAAUUUCAGGUAUUCAAAUGUACAAAUACAAAUAUAAUUUUAACAAAAUUGCAAUUAGCUAGAGAUUUUAUUUAAGACUUAAAUUUUGAGAUUUUAUUUAUGAAGUAGCUUACGUGUUUGACAUUAAAGCACUUCAGUUACAAACAGAAA